CCACUCUCCAGCUUUCUCAACUUCUCUUGUUGCACAUGAAGCUUUUGUUACUUACUUUUGUUACUUACUUUUUCUUCUUUCUUUUGUUUUCGUCUUCUAGCUAGCUGCGUGAUUCUAAGCAAAAAAUGCCCUACCUUCUAGACUUUAUCUCCUCGACCUUAUUCUUAAUUCUUCCAGCAGCUUAUUUCUUUGUUUUUUUGGCUGAUUAAAUUUAUAACCUAAAGCUGUAGUAGUACUGUAUGUAUUGAGUCUAAUUGGUAUCACCCACGAAUAUAAUUAAAUGAAGGAGAGCGGAAGAAAACAAGGUGCAAUGUCGCCAUGCGCGGCAUGUAAGCUUCUUCGAAGGAGAUGUGCGCAGGAUUGCGUGUUCGCUCCUUAUUUUCCAGCCGACGAGCCGCACAAGUUUGCUAGCGUGCACAAGGUUUUCGGAGCAAGCAAUGUCAACAAGAUGUUACAGGAAUUGCCGGAGGACCAGAGAAGUGAUGCAGUGAGUUCAAUGGUGUACGAAGCAAACGCUAGGGUAAGAGACCCUGUGUAUGGUUGUGUGGGAGCCAUCUCAUCUCUACAACAACAGGUUGAUGAUCUCCAAACUCAGUUGGCACUUGCACAGGCUGAGGUUGUACACAUGAAAAUGCGGCAGCACCCACCUUCUUCGAUAUCCAGUCCCAGCACCUCUAAUUAUCCACCCUCAACCAUUAAUCACCAUUAUCAUCACCAUCAUGACCUGCCUUCUCAAACCAAGUCCUUUUUUCCCAUGGACAUGGUGCAUGAGAUAGACCAUCAGGCCACUAUGGGAGAGUCUUUGUGGUCAUAUUAGCUAUCUAUCUUGCUAGCUAGGUUGCCUUGAUCAAUUAGAUUGAUAUAUAUUUUCUUAUAUAUAUAGGGCUUGCUCAUGUAUUGCCUAGCUCCCCGGCCUACCCCUCUCAUAUUUACUUAUUUUUGUCCCCUCCGAUCCUUCUUAACAUAUUAUAUAUAACUUUGUAGAAGAUCUAGAUCUCUACCUUAUGAUCUAGAUCAGAUGAUGUUCAUGAUCAUUAACCAUAUAUCAUAAAUUUCUAAACAUGUAAUUAUGAGCAAUAUUAUAUUAGUACUAGUGUAUUAUAUAUA